GGGUAUAAGAGCUGUGGCCUUAGCCUUGCCCUCCUGUUUGUGGAUUUCCCCCGUGACCAUCUACAACCUCAGAUCACUUUUCCGGGAGCCAUACACGAACUUCAGGAGGUGAGAUCUGAGACGUUCCCUCCAAACUAAGCAAUGGAGUUCCAGUCAAAUGUGAUCAACUCGCAGCCUCAGGUCUCCGUCACACAGUACACUGUCUCCACCGGAUUGUCAGAUUGGAGUUCAAAUGUGUGCGACUGCUGUGAAGACUGUGGCAUCUGUCUUUGUGCAACGUUCGUCCCUUGCAUCCUGGCCUGUAAAGUGGCUCAGGACAAUGACGACAGCUGCUGCAUUCCCUUCCUUCCUGGUGCCAUGAUUGCUCUGAGGACAAGCAUCCGCAGCAAAUACCAUAUUACCGGCUCGGUGUGUGAUGACUGGGUAGUCAUGGCCUGCCUGCCUCUGUGUGGACUGUGUCAGAUGGCCCGGGAGCAGAAGAUAAGGGGACGAGUCUAAUUUUUAAAUUCCAAAGAAAGAGAAUAUUCACAUUCCAUUGUCUGGACGCAAUUUCUGAAUUUCAGAUUAAAUUUGACAUUUGUUGGCAUGACAAUAAUUAGGUACUGUGUUUUUAUAAUGUGAGAAGAUUGGUGAUAAUCAGACUGAAUGGCAAUUUUUGUUUAACUUUAUUAUUCUAUACUAUUUUAACAUAAUAUAUAUUACAUCACAACUAUAUACGUAAAAUAAAAAAUUAGAGAUGCAGGAAGCAAUUCAGAGACUGAAUCAUUCAUAUGGAAGAAGAUAUAACAAAAAAAAUAAUUCAGUAUUUCAACAGGUCUAAACUUUUACAUUGAACCACUGUCUUUAAGUUAAAUAUUCACUCACUGAGAUGAAAUUGUCUUUAUGCGGAGAUUUCCUGUACAGUAUAGUGGUUAAUUUACACACAUUAUUUAUUUUUGGAACGCAAUUGUAUCCGAAUACAGUUUUUCUUGCUUACAACGUCACAAUAAAUAUCAUGUAUUCAUCUAAUAUUCUGUAAAAGGACUAUUUUAUGUAUGUGUAAUUAACUAACGUAUAUUAAUUCAAGCAACAGUAUUUCAUUAAAAACCUGGAAUCAUCA